AUGAAAAUAUACAACGGUCAGGAAAAUUCUUGUGAACAGAACAAUUUCGAAAACAGUGAUAAAACCUAUAACGAUUAUGUUCAAGACCUUGAACACCCAAACAUAGAAACCGACAAUGUUAUCUUAUUAAUAGCAAAAAUGUCUGAAGAUGACGAUACUUUAUGUAACAGUGAGGAAUCAAAAGAUGCCACAGUCACCACCGAUACAAAUAAUCCAGAUCCAGUACAAAGCUUGUCGUUUGGUGGGAAAAUAAGGAAUCGUUUGGGUCUGAAACUGCUAAUUGAAGCAACUGAUAAGGCAGAUUCUGAAGUUGAUGGUCCAGAAGGGCAGGGUGUUUGGAAUCCCGAUGGAGCUGAAGACUCAUCGCCUUGUUCGCCACUAAGCGCAAGUAGCGGUUCCAGCACAGCCUCUGGCGACGAUUCUGGUUUUUCGUCAGAUGAAAACAGAUCAAAUGAAAAAACAUACAAGCUUGCGCGCACAAAAUCCUUACGCUCAGCACUCAAAUCACCAACCCAUGUUGGAAAGCAGAAGACAGUUCGUUUUGCUGACUCGCUGGGUCUCGAUUUGGUGCAAAAGACUUAUUUUGAAUCAGACGAUGUGCUAGAUCAUGAGUUCAUCUCACCGCUAACACUCACCCAAAAUCAAGAACGAUUUCAAAAAGUGUCAUGCUUAAAAUCAAUGAACAUUGGCAAUCGAUCAGAGGGCGAAAUCAGCCACUUGGCCCGUACAAAGUGCGUUUGUUUGAGCUCCAUCAGUAUCACGGACACAAACCUUUCCGGUAUUAUUCAUGUGCUGAACUUGGCAUGCGACAAGCAGGUUUGUGUCCGAUAUACCACUGAUAGUUGGGCAUCCUUCUCUGAAACUCGAGCAAUCUUUACUCGUUCAGUUGGGAGCGACGGAGCUGUAGAUUCGUUUAGUUUCUUCAUUGCACUGCCAAAUGACAUCCCUAUUGGCGCUACAUGUGAAUUCUGCAUCCGAUACAGCGUCAAUGACACAUCAUACUGGGAUAACAACUGCGGGGAAAACUACAAGUUACAAUGUGUUGGUGAAACAAGAGAAAAAAGGAUCACAGAAGUAGCACAAAAAUUCAAUUAUGUUAGAAAUUCCUCGGACAAAAAGAACGAGUAUGGCGGCCGCAGAAAGAGUUUUCUUGUCUGCGAUGAAGAUGAAGAUGAAGACUAUUACUAUUAUACGCCCUCGUAUAAUCUAAGUUCGGUGAAAAAAGGCUAUUUUGAACAGCGUUUUGGGUGUUCAUACGGUGAUCAUCUACACUUUUAUUAA